AUGUUGUGUUCAAAAGGCACAUGGGAUGCAGUGAGUCUCACAAACGAUCGAAAGUCUCGAAUUCUCACGCACAAAAGGUUUGUAGCUAGAGCACUGCCUCCUCUUGGGCGGUUUGUGAUUUUUUCGUGCGACUUCAAAAAACAGGAGCUGCUGCAAAUGUUCGAAGGGUGGUUGUAUGAAGUUUCAAAGACAAAUCCCACAUCGGCGUUGAGUAGUUGGGAUGCUGAGACGGGUUUGCAUCGCGGAUUUGCUUCAACUACUUUUGGACAUCCUGAAAGUGCUACUAGAGCAAUGCAACAACGACGCAUGUCAUCGAUAGUGACAGAUGACCUGGAUCCGCCCAUUCCGAUGUUGUUAGAAGAAAGAAAUUGUAUUGUAGGACAUAAAGAUGUUAUAGAACUAUAGAGUUUCAUGUUUUGGACUCGGGUUUUAGAUAACUGCGUAUCAUCUCAUCCUUUUUGUUUUGUUCUCAUGAUGCUUUUGAGCUUCUUGUACCUCUCAGAGGCUUGCACGCGCAGAUAGCCUAUCUAACUUUGUAAGUAUUGUGGUCAGCAC